CACUAUAAAAUGCUUUGAACCUCUUGGGAUUCAACAUAAGUACUAGCCGGUGAAGAUUGAGAGUGCUACCCAAGCAUUCUUCACUGUUUCUUUCUGUUAUUUUCCACUGGGGGUUUUCACAUUGAUUAGCAAGCAUGGGAGAAGUCCUGUCUGAAGAACAGAUUGCUGAGUUCCAAGAAGCCUUCUUUCUCUUUGAUAAAGAUGGUGAUGGCUGCAUAACCAUGGAAGAACUGGCUAUCGCGAUCAAGUCAUUGGAUGAGAAUCCGACAGAAGAAGAGCUGCAAAACAUGAUCAAUGAAGUUGACACUGAUGGUAAUGGAACUAUAGAAUUCGGGGAAUUCUUGAAUCUCAUGGCAAGGAAAAUGAAGGAAGCAGAAGCAGAAGAGGAACUGAAAGAAGCUUUCAGGGUAUUUGACAAGGAUCAAGAUGGCUACAUAUCACCUUUUGAGUUGAGGCAAGUGAUGAUCAACAUAGGAGAGAAGCUGACAGAUGAAGAGUUAGAGCAGAUGAUUAGAGAGGCAGAUUUGGAUGGAGAUGGUCAAGUUAAUUAUGAGGAAUUCCUUAGAAUGAUGUUGGCUGCUGGACCAACUACUUCUCCUGCAACUUAAUAGGUUUAAAGUAUUUUUUUUUUAUAAUUAAAGAAAAGGGAUUCAAACUCAAGUACUAAGUUUAAAGUAUUGUUUUACAACUUAGGUUGCAUGCUUUUAGAUUAAUCAAUAUGCUUAUGUAUUUAUAAGUUAAACUCCUUGUAUACUUCAAUUAAGAAUAGGAAGGGCUGACCAGAGAAUACGAUAAAGGAAGGGGAAAUUGAUUCUUGUAACCUUAACAUAAUAUUACAGAAAUUUGUACUAUUUCGAAGCCAAUUAGUAGGAUUCACUACAUUGGAUUCGACUUGAUAAUAGAGUUUUCAAUAAUAUUCUAUAAUUUUGAUGAA